GCUUUACGCGUCGCGUACAAACGCUGUAGUCUCUCUCGACCCUUUCGCAGCCCUUGCCCCUCCAACAUUUUGUCCGGUCGUGCAGUGACAUUCUGUACCUCGCAAAUACCGCACAAUCUCUGUUCUCAAAGCUUGCGAGGAAUCGAUCACGGCACUACAAGAUGGAUCGUCAAUCCGUCUUUUCGACUCGGCUGUACCACGAUAAUUUCCCUGGGAGUGAAGAUUCCAAUUCUGCUGUCCGGAACUUGCUAGAAUCCUUCAUCCUCGACUUCCGGCUCGACAACAUCUUCAUAUACCGAGACCAAUUGCGCGAAAAUGCGCUCCUCAAAAAAUACUACUGCGAUGUCAACAUCGGCGACGUGAUCAAGUUCAACGAGGAAAUCGCUCACAGAUUAGUGACAGAACCUGCAGAAAUCAUUCCGCUGUUCGAAGCAGCCCUGAAGCGGUGCACGCACAGGAUUGUCUAUCCCCAUGAUCCAAACGUCAAGCUCCCGGAGCAUCAACUACUCCUCCACUCCAACGCCGAAGAUGUGUCGAUCCGCAACCUCGAUUCGCUCACCAUCUCACGGCUGGUCCGAGUACCCGGCAUCGUCAUUGGCGCAUCGGUCAUGUCUUCCAAGGCGACAGAUCUCCACAUCCAGUGCCGCGGCUGCGGACAUGUACGGGAUAUCCACGUUCAGGGGGGUUUCAGCAGUGUGACGCUCCCUAGGCAGUGCGACAGGUUCAGGGCACCCGGUGACCCGACGGAAAAGUGCCCACUCGACCCCUUUUUUGUCGUGCACGAGAAGUCAAAGUUCGUCGACCAGCAAAUUAUCAAGCUUCAGGAGGCUCCCGAUCAAGUGCCGGUUGGAGAGUUGCCCCGUCACGUUCUGAUAUCUGCUGAUCGCUACCUCACAAACCGCGUGGUACCGGGUUCGCGGUGCACCGUUAUGGGCAUCUUCUCCAUCUACCAGAACAAGGGCUCCAAGAGUUCGACAAGCGGCGCCGUUGCUAUCCGGACCCCCUAUCUGCGUGCUGUCGGUAUCCAGACGGAUAUUGACCAAACCGCCAAGGGACAGGCUAUCUUUUCAGACGAGGAAGAGCAAGAAUUCCUCGAGCUUAGCCGGCGACCCGACCUCUACAACAUCAUGGCCGACUGCAUUGCACCUUCAAUCUAUGGCAACCGAGAUAUCAAGAAGGCUAUCUUGUGCCUGUUAAUGGGCGGCUCCAAGAAGAUCCUUCCGGAUGGGAUGAAACUCCGUGGCGACAUCAACGUGCUGUUGCUUGGUGACCCAGGUACAGCCAAAUCGCAGCUGCUCAAAUUUGUCGAAAAGGUGGCACCCAUCGCCAUCUACACCUCGGGCAAGGGUUCGUCGGCCGCCGGUCUCACAGCCUCUGUUCAGCGCGACCAGUCCACACGCGAGUUCUACCUCGAAGGAGGCGCCAUGGUCCUCGCAGACGGCGGCGUGGUGUGCAUCGACGAGUUCGACAAGAUGCGUGACGAGGACCGAGUUGCGAUCCACGAAGCCAUGGAGCAGCAGACCAUCUCGAUUGCCAAGGCCGGCAUCACUACCAUUCUGAACGCGCGAACAUCAGUUCUUGCCGCGGCGAACCCCAUCUUUGGGCGGUACGACGACAUGAAGACGCCCGGCGAGAACAUUGACUUCCAAACCACCAUUCUCUCGCGUUUCGACAUGAUCUUCAUCGUCAAGGAUGAGCACGAGCGCGGCAGGGACGAGCGCAUUGCCAAGCACGUCAUGGGCAUCCACAUGGGCGGGCGUGGCGUGGAAGAGCGGGUCGAGGCCGAAAUCCCCGUCGAAAAGAUGAGGCGCUACAUCAGCUACUGCAAAUCCCGCUGCGCCCCGCGCCUGUCGGACGCCGCCGCCGAGAAGCUCUCGUCGCAUUUCGUCGCCAUCCGCAAGCAGGUGCACGCGUCGGAGCUCGAGGCCAACGCGCGGUCGUCGAUCCCCAUCACGGUGCGUCAGCUCGAGGCGAUUGUGCGCAUCACCGAGUCUCUCGCCAAGCUGACCCUCUCGCCCGUGGCGACCGAGGCGCACGUCGACGAGGCCAUCCGCCUGUUCCUCGCCUCCACCAUGGACGCCGUCAACCAGGGCAGCAACCAGGGCGGCGGGCGCGAGCUGAGCGAGGAGGUGUCGCGCGUCGAGGCCGAGCUCAAGCGCCGGCUGCCCAUCGGCUGGAGCACCAGCCUGGCGACGCUGCGGAGGGAAAUGGUCGAGGGCAAGGGCUUUAGUGAGGUGGCGCUGAACCGGGCGCUGAUGAUCCUGCAGAGGAGGGAUACCAUCAUGUUCCGGAACCAGGGGGCGCAGGUCUACAGGAAUGGUGCGUAACAGGAAGAAGGUUUCGAGGGUAGGUACAUGGUUUGAUUGAUUGUCGUACGUAUGCACAUGGGCAAGGCGCUGGCGCAGAACGGUUGGCUUAUGAUGGGGGUAAUAUCACGCGAACAUGUUUUAUAGCCCGUGUCAAGGUGAUAUGUGUGAAUUGGUAUGAUGAACUGGGCGUCUAAUCAUUGGUUAACUAUAUAGAUCUAACCUUUGAAAACGGACUAGCAGACAAU